UUGCAGAAUGAAGAAGAGCCUGGAGAGCCGGAACAAGCUGCAGGGGACGCUCCUCCACCUUAUAGCAGCAUCUCUGCAGAGAGUGCAGCAUAUUUUGACUACAAAGAUGAGUCUGGGUUUCCAAAGCCCCCAUCUUACAAUGUGGCUACCACACUGCCCAGUUAUGAUGAAGCUGAGAGAACCAAAGCUGAAGCUACUAUCCCUUUGGUUCCUGGAAGGGAUGAGGAUUUUGUGGGUCGGGAUGAUUUUGAUGAUCCUGACCAGAUGAGGAUAGGAAACGAUGGGAUUUUCAUGUUAACUUUUUUCAUGGCAUUCCUCUUUAACUGGAUUGGGUUUUUCCUGUCUUUUUGCCUGACCACUUCAGCUGCAGGAAGGUAUGGGGCCAUUUCAGGAUUUGGUCUCUCUCUAAUUAAGUGGAUCCUGAUUGUCAGGUUUUCCACUUACUUCCCUGGAUAUUUUGAUGGUCAGUACUGGCUCUGGUGGGUGUUCCUGGUUUUAGGCUUUCUCCUGUUUCUCAGAGGAUUUAUCAAUUAUGCAAAAGUCCGGAAGAUGCCAGAAACUUUCUCAAAUCUCCCCAGGACCAGAGUUCUCUUUAUUUAUUAA